AUGACUCAGUGGUUAUGUGAACUGGCAAAAUUGCCUUCGUUGCAAAAGCUAGUCUGUGAUGUCCGACCCGAAGGUGUUAGCGUUUCCAAAUAUCAGCGACGUGGGACGAUUAUUGCAAAAAUCCCGCAGCUCAGAGUAUUGCAAGGUACGGAUAUCAGCAACGUCGAGCGAAAUUCUGCAGAAAUUCAUUUUCUCGAAGAAUUUGGCCGUUGCCCAAUAGCUGAGGAAAAUCGGGCUGAUGUUGAAAGGUUGCGUAAGUUACACAAUUAUCUGUCAUCGUCCAGAACUAACGAAUACGGCGUUCGAAAACUGAAAUUAUCGCAUAAUGGAAAAACUGUGGAACGCUUAAUUCCGGGAACGAUUACAGUACAGAACCUUUCGACCAUUAUGCGCAAAAUUUUUGGCUUGGGCACUAAAGAA